AUGGAUCACCAAUAUUUAGGAUCAUCGAAUGACAUGGAUGAUGAUAACGAGUCUCAAUCAACUUCUAGCACCAAACUUAAACUUCAUGAAGCAAAGAUGUUUCUUCACAAACAAAGCUCUCAUUGUGGAGAAGAUUUGUAUACCCAUAUAUCAGAGCUUUUGGCAAAAAUUCUAACAGAACGUCCUGAAAAUGUCAUGGACAAUUUUGAAAUAUAUAGUUAUCGUCUAAAGCAGGAGAGGUUAAGACAUCAAUUGAAUCAUCGAGAAAUUUUUGAUAUACCGAUAGAACAUGGAGAAGUUGAAAAACUUUCAAAACUUUUUCAGGUAUUAUCUGUGAAAAAUGAAAAAGAGCUUGAUGAAGAUGAUGAUAAUGAUGAUGAAGAUAAUGACAAUCCUUCCAAUGAAUCUGAAAAGACAUCUACUCCAAAUUUGUUAGAUAUAAUCCAUUGCUUAGAACAUUUUGAUAUUGCUUUAUCUAGAUCAGAAUGCAUUUUACUCAAUUUUUCCAUACAAAACCUUAUUCAAGAAAAACCGAUCACAGAUGUACGCUUUUGGGGUAAAAUUCUUGGCAGUGUCAAGAAUUAUUAUAUCAUUGAAGCUAAGUUAAAUGAUGAAGAGAUUGUUCAUCGAAUAGAAGCACAGAAAAAUGAUGAUGGAACUAGCGAAGAAAAUUCUAAUUCUGCAACUGAUCCAAUAGAAAAUACUGAACUCACUCAUGAUGAAAAAGAAAUUGUUGAUUCAACAUUUCUUCAGCCAUACCAAUAUGAUUUAAUAUCCUCAAUGCCGAUUCCUCAUGAAGUCAUAGGAACGGGUUUGAAUAAAACUAUUUAUUUUGUUUGCAACUCUCCUGGCAUAGAUGAUUGGAUUGAAUUACCUCUGGUGGCGCCACAACAGAUUGUAUUAGCAAAACAGAUUACUUGGAAUUUUACAGGAUAUCUAACAGCUCCGGUGCGCACGCUUCCACCUUUUGUUGGGAAUGAAAGUAACUACCUUCGAGCUCAAAUUGCAAGAAUUAGUGCAGCAACACUUGUGUCACCUAAAGAUUACUUUACCUUAAACCAAGAUUCAACCGAUAGUAUUGAGGAAACAGAAGACAAUGCAGAAGAAAUUACAAUAGAGAUAAAUCCAGACUUUAAACAACUGCCACUAAGAAAGUAUCAACUAUUAUCUAAUUGGUGCCACCACAGUGCUUACAUUUUUCAACAAGGCAGAACAAGUUGGUGGAAUCCAUCAGAAAGAAGAACAAAUACUGAAAGGAGUGAAGACGAAGAAACUGAGGAUGAAGAAAGUGAAAAUGACGAAGAAUCUGAAAAGCAUGUGGAUCAUCAUGAGGAAGUUGGACCACCACUACUAACGCCAUUAUCAAAUGAUAGCACUCCAGAUAAUAUACCAGUCUGGAGCACAAGACUAUCUACUUCAAUGCAAUCAAAUACAGGCGUUGCUAUUGUUAGAUCCCAUGUCUGGCCAGGAGCUUAUGCUUUUACCACGAAUAAAGAAAUUGGAAAUAUAUAUAUUGGUACUGGACAGAAAUAUGAUAUGAAUAAUUAUCAUCCUCCAUUGAAAUUUCCUAUCCAAAAUCAAUAUGUUAUAGGACCAGAAGUAAUGGAACAACAAGAUCCCAUUACAAAAAGUGUAGAUAAUGAUAAUUAA